AUGAAUGUAAUAUUCCAACCCCGUACAUAUGAUGACCCAUUCAAUGUCGUGACUUCCCGGCUUGUCCCCCCUUCCUCAGAAGAACUUGACACCCUGCGAGUCAUCCUGGCCGAAAAUCUGAGCCCUCCCCUUCCGAACGAGGACAUUCAGCGCCUUGAGCAGCACCUCGUUGUCGAUGCCGUGUAUGUCAGUGCCCCUCGUCCCCUCCCCCUGCCCCAGCUCGUACACGGUCAGCACGCUGCCCUUCUGCCCCGUCUCCUCGACGUACUUCUCGAUCUUGCGCGCCCACUCCUCCGGCUUGCGCCAGUACACGAACACGACGUCCCCCUCGCCCCCUCCCCCCUCCCCUCCUCCCCCGUCACCGCCGCCGCCGGACGCGUACUCGAUCCGCCCGUCCCGCCUCAUGAAGUCGAGCAGCUCGCGGAUGUCGGGCAUGCCCAGCCGGCGGUCCAGCCGGCGGUUGUAGAAGAGGUCCGAGUCGGCGGCGGCGGAGAGGCCGAGCCGGAAGACGCGGUGGUGGCGCGCGUAGGCCAGGACGAGGGCGGACCACUUGGACAGCUGGGCGUGGUGGGUGGUCAGGCGGGGAACGAGUACUCGCGCGGGAAGCGGAAGGGCGCGUCGGCGCCCGCGGCGGCUGUGGAUGCGGCGGCCAUGCUGGGGAGUGCAAAAGAGGGGGAUUCCGGGACGCUUUCGCUCGCCGCCUGGGUGUGUGUUGGUCUCGGUCUGGUUGCACAGCUUCUCAAAUUCGGGGGGAGAUUGAACGGCCGGUGUUGGAGGGGCACAAGGUUGAACUACGUAGAUGAUGGUGGGGCCGAACAGCUGGAGCCACCAACCAUUUAA